UCAAGAUUUCGUUAUCACUGUUCCUGAUCAUCACUCAGAAAAUGCUCUGGGCCAAUGGAGGAUGCUACUACAAUAAAGAUCUCCGUCACUGCUCCUGCUCCCUUGUUGACUUAACUAAUGUCAUGAGUAUCGUGUCGUGCAUUCAGGCAUCUAGUCUGGAGUUCCAAGGAGGACGUUUUGUGGACACAGAAGAAUAUUCAUUACACAAUGUGGAGAUGGAACAAGUACUGGCCAUGAUUCACCUUCCUUUGUCAAAAGUGGUGUUUGCUAAUGUCGUGAUAUCGGAAGAAUUUCUGCUUUCAUUUCUGAAUUGGGUUCAGAGGAUACAGAUUAAUGUGCUUGCUUUUGUGAACACAACUUUUGAAGGCAGAUCAAAGAAGCAGCAAAUGAGUGGAUCUCCACCUCAAAUUCUGUCUCUGCAAGUCAUAAACGUGCCUUCAUACCCAUUACUUGAUAGAGUUUCCACUUUCUCUGGCCUGAGUAGCUGGAUUUAUAAUCUGGAGGACUUAACUCUGACAAAGUCUCACCUAACUGGCAUACCAUGCAACACCAGCAGGCAAUUUAAGAUUUUAUCCUCAUUAGAUUUAUCUGAAAAUCUUCUCCAGGAUGAAAACAUUUCUUCUUCAUUCUGCCAAGGUGCUUUUCCAAACAUCAAGACUUUAAAGCUCAAUCAUAACCGCUUGGUCAGUUUUGAUACCAUAUGUCAAACGCUAAACAAACAAAAUCAGCUAAAGCACCUAGAUUUAAGCCAGAAUAAUCUCUCAUCUACUUCAACUUCUCUUUGUGAAUGGCAGCCAUCGUUGGCUCUUCUAAAUCUGUCGGACACUGGUUUGGAAGAGCUGCCGAACAUAUUGCCUCGGAAUUGUGAGAUUUUAGAUUUAAGCUACAAUAAGCUUGAUGCUCUCAACCUAUCACUGCCCAGUCUGAAGGAGCUCUAUCUCUCUCACAAUUUGCUCACUACUAUUUCAACUGUGGAAAACUUUCCAUGUUUGCAGACCCUAGCAAUAAAUGGAAACCCAAUAAAAACCCUUCAGAGAGGCCAAUUGCAGUAUUUCAGACAUAUAAGCAGUAUCAGGGCAGAUAAUAUCCCAUAUACCUGUUCUUGUUCUCUUGUCCAUGAAAUGAAUGAAAUGACAAUGUCAAGUUUAACAUUCCAGCAUUGGCCUGAUGGUUAUAUAUGCGCUUCUCCAGAUUUGCUAAAGGGUCAACGAGUUAGUGAAGUGAAACUUUCCUUUUUUGAGUGCCACAAGCCUCUUCUGACUGUGUUAAUUUGUAUUGUGUCCUUAUUAGUCCUUGUGGCUGCAGUCAUUUGCAUUCAUAAGUUCCAUCAAAGCAAAAAGACCCGAUUGCAGAAUGUGCAGAGAGUAAAUGUAUGCAGCAUGCAGUUUCACACAUAAAAACAUUGUAUUUGGAAGUUUGUGUGAUAAUAUGGGCCAACUUUGUACUAGAAAAACAACUUAUAAGGGGUUAUUUACAACCUCCAAGGCAGUGGGCAUAGUGCAAAAAACAGGCACAAUGGUCCCAUUUCUUAUACUUUGCACACUGCCUUCCUGUGUUGUAGAGUUACUGCAGUCUCUGUGAGUGCUGCCCCAAAGUCAUUGCCCCAAGUGGCAAGUUCUUGUGCCCCUUAGUGUUCUUGCACUACUUUCCAUGGUCUGAGUAAAGUAUCCCUACGGAAACCAAAGAAUUAUGUGGCUUGGUUAUCUAUUAGGGUGACCAAAUCACUUGAAAAUGCAGCAACACGUCUAGAAAAUUCAACUAGUAGGGGCUGAACUGAUUGCAAUUAAGAGUAAAUGCAAUCAGUGCAGCCCGGCAACAUGCAUUUAUCAGACGUGCCCCUGAAUAUCCAAGUGAUAUGGUCACCCUACCAGUAAGUGCUAACAGCUUGUAGAUUGGGUGCUACGAGUUACUCGACCUGGGCAAACUGUGCAAAUGUUAUUGCAUCUCUUGUAAAAAAAAAAAAACUUUGUUUCUGAAAGAAUGUGAUUUGUGGUUUUUAGAUGAGAAUUUAA